AUGGCAGGUGACAUAGCGGCGGGGGCGACGAGCAUCAUCGCCGAUCGGCGGAGCAGCAGCAGCAGGGCUCGCGCCUUCACCUACGGCGAGCUCGCGUCGGCCACGGACAACUUCCGGGCGGAGUGCAUGCUGGGGGAGGGCGGGUUCGGGCGCGUGUACCGCGGCCGGCUGGAGAGCGGGCAGGUGGUGGCGGUGAAGCAGCUGGACCGCGAGGGCGCGCAGGGCAAUCGCGAGUUCGUGGUGGAGGUGCUGAUGCUGAGCCUGCUGCACCACCCCAACCUGGUGAACCUGGUGGGCUACUGCGCCGACGGCGAGCAGCGGCUGCUGGUGUACGAGUACAUGGCGCUGGGGUCGCUGGCGGACCACCUGCUGCUCCCCGCUGGCGAGCAGGGCGAGCCGCAGCGGGCGCUGAGCUGGGAGACGCGCAUGCGCGUGGCUUUGGGCGCCGCCCGGGGCCUCGAGUACCUGCACGAGACGGCCAACCCGCCCGUGAUCUACCGCGACCUCAAGUCCUCCAACGUCCUCCUCGACGACGCCCUCUGCCCCAAGCUCUCCGACUUCGGGCUUGCCAAGCUGGGCCCCGUCGGCGACCGCUCCCCGCGCGUGAUGGGCACCUACGGCUACUGCGCGCCCGAGUACGUGCGCGCCGGCAACCUCACGGUGAAGACCGACGUGUACAGCUUCGGCGUGCUGCUGCUGGAGCUCGUCACCGGGCGGCGCGCCGUCGACUCCUCCAGGCCCCCCGCGGAGCAACUGCUAGUGGCCUGGGCCAGGCCCAUGCUCCGGGACGGCAAGAGGUACCGCGAGCUCGCCGACCCGCUCCUGCGAGGGGACUUCCCGGAGAGGGACCUCAAGCAGGCCGUGGCCGUGGCCGCCAUGUGCCUGCAGGACGAGGCGUCCGCUCGCCCGCUCAUGAGCGACGCAGCCGUCACGCUGGAGUACCUCGCCGAGGCGGCGGCCUCAUCGGCGGCACCAGCAGCAAGCAGCUAG